UUAUUGUUUUGUUGGUUGAUCGGUCGACGCGACGUUAAUCCUGAUUAGCCUUUGCAAAUUGCCUAAAAUAUAUAUAUAUAAUAUUUAUUAUUCAAUAAAAAUACUUCAAUAAAUUGUGUUGCAAACGUUGCUUAAAAAGAAGAUCUAAUUAUGGAACAUAUAGGCGACGAACAAGAGAAAUUGAAAAGAUUUCUCCGAGAGGCAGACCUUCAACAAUACUAUAUGGUGUUCAGAGAUGUUCUUAAGAUAAACAAACUUACACAAUUAAAGUAUGUUAUAAGUGGUGAUUUAAAUCAAAUUGGAUUUUCAAAACCUGAGCAGAGGCGAUACAGAAAACAAUAUUCAAGAUACUUUCCAAAUCCAUAUUUAAAUAAACUUAAACAACUUCUAACUGCUAGCAGAAGAAAUGAACCAGUAACCCUUGGUCAUGGUUCUAUUUCUAUUGACUUGCAACCUAACCCAGAAAGUGCUACAGUACCUACCAAACACAUAAUAUCCAUUGAAGAUAUAAAUAUCAACAAAGAGUUAGGUAUGGGACAGUUUGGAGUUGUGCAACAGGGUACUUGGACCACGGGCAAUCAAAGACUGCAAGUAGCUAUAAAAUGCUUAGGCCAAGAACGCAUGACCUCAAAUUCGUCAGAAUUUCUGAAGGAGGCCGCAGUUAUGCACAAUAUUGAGCAUCCUAACAUUGUCAGGUUACAUGGUGUUGUGUUACACCUGGAUUCCUUGAUGUUGGUGACAGAGUUGGCUCCACUCCGUUCACUUCUGGAGUGUCUGCGCGAGGUGUCACUUCGAGCAAGCUUCCCUGUAUCGAACCUUUGUGAGUUCGCACAACAGAUCUGUGAUGGUAUGACUUAUCUAGAAAACAAAAGACUGAUUCAUAGGGAUUUAGCAGCAAGAAAUAUCUUAGUAUUUAGCAAAUAUAGAGUAAAGAUCUCGGAUUUCGGCUUAUCGCGUGCAUUGGGCGUAGGCAAGGAUUAUUAUCAAACUAAUUACAAUGUGAAUCUCAAAUUGCCUGUAGCCUGGUGCGCACCAGAAUGUAUUUUAUAUUUGCGUUUCACUUCGGCAAGCGAUGUCUGGGCGUUCGGAGUUUGCCUUUGGGAGAUGUUUACUUAUGGAUUCCAGCCGUGGGCAGCUUUCUCGGGACAUCAGAUUUUAGAAGCAAUAGAUGAACCAAAUUGUCAAAGAUUGGAAAGGCCUGAAUGUUGCCCUGAUGAAUAUUAUUCCACGAUGUUAGAGUGUUGGGCUCAUGAUCCAAAUUGUAGACCCAAGUUCAAAGAAUUAAUGCCAAAGCUACAUGCAAUACAACCAAUCCAGGUUCAAGCAAUUGCUGAUUUUUUUGAACCACCAGAUGGCAGGCGAAGUAAUUUUCUUGAAUAUAAAGCUGGUCAAGUAAUAACAGUGCUUGGAAAAGAAGAUUUUACACAAUCUUCAAUGUGGUAUGGAGUACUGCCUGGAGGAACAUGUGGUGUGUUUGAUCCCCACGAGACGGAACCAUUGGUAGAAUCAGAGCGAGCUUUGCCUGGUUCAAUGUCACCGUCACGCAACGCAACGCGAACGUCUGCAAUUUCACGUUCUGACCACAAACGUCACACGUACACCGGCAAGAGAACGAUACAUCGUAGCAUGAUAUCCAGUCCCCAAGGUGAUGUGAAGCAUACAGGACACGUUGGUGUAGACGGUGCUGUCUUCGGCGAUAUAGCAUUCCUCGAUCCUGCAGCAUGCACAUCCUGUCAAGUCGUUACACAGUACAAACCAUCGGACGAUUCAGAACAAGUGCCACUUUUAAAUCCUAACUCACCAUCUCACCUAUCUGGAGCAAUGUGUAUGCCGCCUUAUCCUAUUUUAAAAGCCACAUACACAGAAACGAAACACGAUCGUGAUGAAGUUGAUUUAUCAUACACUGAUAAGAAGCACAAAAGUCACAAAAAGAACAAACUUAAAUCACUUUCUGAACCAUCUACAAGCAAGGGUAUUUUCAGUAAGGUCAAAAGUGCAUCACUGGGACGUUAUCACAAGAAUGAUGAUGUCCAGCCGGUGUGCACUUGCUCCGGUAGUGAGGUGCACGAGUACCACGAGAUAUCUGACACUGAUACAGAAGGUACAGCGGCAGAAUUGAUAAAGUACGAUAAUUUUGCAGUACCCGAUAGUCCGAAAAGCUGCAACGACUUUGGACAGAGUUUGAUCGAUGAGAUGGAGCAUCUAUUCCGGAAUCUCGACACCAGAAAACGAGAUGAUGGCAUCGGCAAACAUUUUGAUUUCGACAACGCAAGACCUCACACGCUUAGCAAGGCGGAUAAGAAAAAGGGCGGCAACACAGGGACUAUGAAACUGAUGUCAGCUCAUGACGAGAGAACUCUAGAUACAGCUGUAGCACUUGCCAAUGAGAUAACUACAAAAUCUAUGAAUGACCUUGACGGUGACCAGAGGGCGCCAAGCUCGCCCAAUGAUCGUUCUAAGUUCCAUUUCAAGUUUCCUCUGGUAUCGCUACAUCAGAGCGGAGCUCAUGACGCCGAGUCCGGCAAACAUGAACGGCGUAAUUUCAGCGAAGAAGCAAAAAGCGUACCGGAUCUUCAAUCGACAAUAACAGCGGAAAGCAAACUCGCUUAUACAAGCCUGAUUGAGGAUCCAAUGCCAUCUACAUCUCUCAUUUCUCACAUGGAGAUGACACACAAACCUGCCACCAUACCGAAACCCGCGCCACGUUUUAAAGAACCACGCGCAAACUUUCUGUCUCUGCAGAAACAGCUGCCGAAUAAUAAUCAACCGUCAUCAUCAAAAGAAGCUAUGGGACAGCAAUUGCAUACUAAUCAUGUGAUAAACGAGCUGCCCCUUCCACCGAGAAGUACGAAACCUAAAUUGAUCGAUAAACCAAGACAUAUAAGGAAAUAUCCUUUGAAAUUACCCAACUCCAACCCAAGCCCAGAGGUUGCACCUAAAGCUAUCAACAAUGAUCAAAAUAAUCAGGUUAUUAUAUACCAAAAUGCUGUAACUUGCACAAUGAAACAGAGGAAUGGACAGCAAGAAAACGGUCAAAGGACCUAUGAUCAAGGAGUUGACGUUUUUGAUGGUCCUUCGACUGUUAAUGUGGAUACAAAUCCAUUUACUAAUACGACAGGACAACGCUACCCGAAUCCAUUUAACUCCCCCUUGGAAGCAACAGAUACUGAAGAUGUAUGCACGUGUGAUGAAAUACAAAGGAAAUAUGUUGUCAAAGAUAUUUCCGAAAUAGGUUACUUAUCACAAUACACAAAAAAAACUGAUUAUGUAUCGGUUGAAGAUUUACUUGAAUUUGCGAAUCAAAAGCCUUGCGGUCGGCAGCGUGGUGUUGAGUCUGAUGAAGUUCGGAUCAUGAAUAAGGUGCUAAAAGAAGAGACAACACCAGAGGAAUGCCUUGAAGCUCUUGAGCUGAGCGACUGGAACGUGCACGAGGCCAUCAAAAUAAUAAUGGUAAAGCGAUCGGUGAUCGCCCCGCAAGUGACACUUGAGGAUUGUAUGCGAGGACUCGCUCACACCGCCGGAGACAUAGCAAAAGCUUCCGCUGCCAUUGUUGCAUAUUUAACUGAGAUAAGACAAUAAAUGCUAA